AUGACCCAUGUCGUUCGUGACCUCGACCGACCUGGUUCAAAAAUGCACAAGCGAGAGGUCGUCGAAGCCGUUACCAUUAUCGAAACCCCUCCUCUCGUGGUCGUCGGCGUCGUCGGCUACGUCGAGACUCCUCGCGGUCUCCGCACUCUCACCACUGUCUGGGCGGCUCACUUGUCGGAGGAAUUGAAGCGUCGCUUCUACAAGAACUGGUAUCGCAGCAAGAAGAAGGCAUUCACCAAGUACGCCAAGAAGAUGUCGGAGGCUGCUGGCCAAAAGAGCAUGGACCGUGAGCUCGAGCGCAUUCGCAAGUACUGCACCGUCGUUCGUGUCCUCGCGCACACCCAGAUCCGCAAGACUGGCCUCAAGCAAAAGAAGGCCCACUUGAUGGAGAUCCAAGUCAACGGCGGAAGCAUCCCCGACAAGGUUGCCUUUGCCCGUGGUCUCUUUGAACAGGAGGUUGCUGUCUCGACUAUCUUUGAACAAGACGAAGUCGUCGAUGUCAUUGGUGUCACCAAGGGUCACGGUUUCGAGGGUGUGACCGCUCGAUGGGGCACGAAGAAGCUCCCGAGAAAGACGCACAAGGGUCUCCGCAAGGUCGCUUGUAUUGGAGCAUGGCAUCCAAGCAAGGUCAUGUUCAGCGUCGCCCGUGCAGGUCAAAAUGGCUACCAUCACCGAACAGAGCUCAACAAGAAGAUCUAUCGUGUCGGAACUGGUGGCGACUGCAAGAACGGCGCAACUGAUGCCGAUGCGACAGACAAGACGAUUACUCCUCUUGGUGGCUUCCCGCACUAUGGUAUCGUCAAGAACGACUUUUUGAUGCUCAAGGGCAGCGUCCCAGGAACCAAGAAGCGUGUCCUUACCAUCCGAAAGAGUCUGAUGGUGCACACUUCGCGAAGAGAUCUCGAAAAGGUGCAGCUCAAGUUUAUCGACACGUCGUCCAAGUUUGGCCACGGCAAGUUCCAGACUGUCCAGGAGAAGGCGGCGUUCCUUGGGACGCUCAAGGCCCGCGAGUGA